UCACGAUCCCCCAAAUCUGUUACCAAUAGAGACAGGAAUAAGACAUAAUAGCAAAGAGGCAGUACAUUUACAAAACGUUAUAGUUUUCUUUGAUACUUGACAGACUAUAUAGAUAUUGCUGAUCUUAAAGAAAUGGUUUGAGUCUCUCUGAGUCUGUCUGGAGUGUAUAUUGCAGGCGUUCUGGAAUAAGCGCUGGAGUGUGCAAGCGACUGUGUCGUCUGCGAAUUGGAAAGACUUUGAUGAGGGAUUCCAACAAGAGGUGAAGAACUCCGGAGAAACCAUUGACGGCAACGAUGCUGUCAAGAUUACGAUCCGCACAUCCUGGGUUGCUUAUAUCAGCUAUAUUUAUUCUAUACAUUCCAACUUCUUACUGCUCAAAAUGUGAUUACACGGUAUACGGAAAGGAUGACGCACCAGAGUAUGAUUUUAUAUCCUCCUUCAACAAUUUUAAACGAGUGAUUGGGGUGAGGAUUGACAGGAGGAGCGGUACCCAGGUGGGACAGACAUCCUACGAGUUCAGGAGGAGAGCGGAGCGGGGGGACUUGAUCAUUCCAACAAGAAAUUUGUUUUCGGACGGGUUUCCGUCGGAGUUCUCUCUCUCGGUCACCUUGAAGCUGGCCAGUGUAACGAGGCGCGAGUCAUGGAACCUGAUCGACAUCACGAACCCCCAGGGCGAGACAGACUUCGCUGUGCGCUUUGUCGGGGAGUUACGACAAAUUCAUCUCUUGUACAGGGACAAGGUUCUCAAUACGCUAACAACGGUCGAAUUCGACAAAAAAGACACGCGAAAUGUGUUUACAAAGGGAUGGCACAAGAUGCAGAUUAGCGUUCAAAAAACUGAGGCCUCUCUGUAUAUUGACUGCACAAGGAUACAGACCGUCCAGAUGACGCCAUCUGAUGUCAGCAACAUAGGGUACAUGACCGUCGCUAAAUCAAUGACUUCCAAACACACCACACCAAAGUUUUACCUGCAGUGGCUAGCUAUGCACUGUGAUCCCACCAAGCCCUCCAGGGACAGCUGUGAGGAGUUGGAGGAUAUUGACGACAGCGAUUCUCAAACAUACAAGGAUAUUAUGUUGGCAGACAAGCAACAACGUGGAGGAUCCAAAUGUCCCACCCAAUGUCCGCCCGGAAAAAACGGAAUCCCAGGAAAACAAGGUGUUUCCGGUCUUCCUGGCAAACCAGGAACCCCCGGACAAGAUGGACUUCCGGGAGAAAGAGGACCGGCAGGAAAAGACGGAAACGACGGACGACCUGGAGAGCCUGGUAAACCCGGACUGCUGGGAGGUCAGGGUCGGCCCGGAGAGAGGGGAGAACGAGGCUUAAAUGGAAAGGACGGAAGCGCCGGAGAGCCUGGCAAGCCAGGAAAAGAUGGAAGUGUUGGACCAAGAGGACUGCAGGGAGAAGAGGGACCACGGGGAGAGAGGGGAGAAACUGGUUCCCCCGGCCCUGCCGGACCCCCCGGAGAAAGCGUUCAAGGACCUGAAGGAGUUGAAGGUCCCCAAGGACCCCCAGGUCAACCAGGACCUCUGGGACCACAGGGAGUUCCCGGGCAACAAGGCAACCCCGGCAAGGACGGUAAACCAGGAGAGAGGGGGGAGAAGGGAGACAGCGGUAUGCCUGGUCUACCGGGGGCACAAGGGGCCCAAGGUUUGCAGGGUGUUCCAGGACUCCCCGGCCCACCGGGCGCAUCGAUUACAACUGCUGAUGGGAAAGCCGGCAAUGUUCAACAAGUGCAGGGACCUCCCGGGCCGGCGGGUCCCCAGGGGAUUCAAGGCAACGCCGGGUUACCUGGUUUGCCCGGAGAGAAAGGAAGUCAGGGUCUAAGAGGGGACAGGGGGGAAUCCGGAGAGCGGGGAGAACAGGGGCCGUCCGGAAACGAUGGGAGACCAGGAGUAGAUGGACAGCCAGGAGCGGUCGGAAUCCCCGGAAGAGACGGGAAAAUGGGACCAAAGGGCGACUCAGGGGCGGACGGAAUCCCCGGGAAAGACGGAGUUCCGGGAAAACACGGUAAACAUGGCGAACGUGGAGAAAAAGGAGAGCCUGGAGAACCGGGACUACCUGGGAAACCCGGCCCCCCGGGACCUGCAUACUCCCCGUUCAUGAGUGACGAUCCGAACGCAAUCAUGGAUUAUGAUUACAAAUACAGAGGCGAACAGGGAAUAAAUGGACAGCCAGGACCCCCAGGAAAGGACGGACGCUCCGGUGUUCCCGGUAGCCCCGGGAUACCAGGAGAGCCCGGACAGCCCGGGAGACCGGGAGAAAUGGGGGAUCAAGGUGACCCAGGAGAUGUGGGACCAAGAGGGUUACCGGGAGUUCCCGGACUGAAAGGUAGCCAUGGCGACCCAGGCAUGGACGGCAUGCAGGGAGAUCAGGGAGUGGCAGGUGCCCCGGGACCUCGCGGGGAGCCAGGAAAAGACGGAAGACCGGGACAACCAGGGACUCAAGGAAUAUCAGGUCCUAUGGGACCUAUUGGUCCGAUUGGACAACCCGGACCUCCUGGUCCCCCCGGACCUCCAGGACCUUCGUUUGAUGUGAAAUCUAUAAUUGGCGGUGGUAUGUCAGAUAGCAGCAUGUUUGGUCCAAGUGGUGCCCCGGUAAGUUGUCACCAGCGGCAAGGAUAUCCGGGCCCCUCAGGUGCCCCCGGACUCACAGGAAUGCCAGGAGAGCGUGGGCCAUCGGGAGAGCGAGGUACACCUGGGUCCACGGGUGCCCCCGGAGUUCCUGGUAUUUCCGGCCCCCCGGGCCAACAAGGACCACCGGGUCACAGAGGUCAACCUGGAAUGCCGGGAAAACCAGGACUACCAGGACGCAUGAUUCCAGAGUCUGAGAUCAGGGAGCUUUGUAUGAGACUACUGAGAGAAAACUUUGAUGAAUUGGUCGCCGGACUACGAGGACCGCCCGGGCCCCCGGGCGUUGGGAAACCAGGAGCUCAGGGACCUCCAGGCCGGGUGGGCGCUCAAGGUGAGCGUGGGUUACCUGGACCAACAGGUGAGCGUGGUUAUGCCGGCAUGCCAGGACUUCCAGGCCCAAUGGGACCUCAAGGUCCUGCGGGACCUGAGGGUGUGAAAGGAGACAGGGGAGAAAUUGGGGAAGGAAUUCAGGGCAAACAAGGGAACCCUGGAAUCCCAGGUCCUCCUGGACCUCCAGGCGAGGGGGUUAUGGGUCGUCCUGGAGAAAGGGGAAACCCCGGAGCCCAUGGUCAGCCAGGCAGUGCCGGUCCCCCAGGAAAAACAGGACCCCCCGGAUAUUGUGAAUACUGUAACUUUGCAUCCGGUAGAAGAUCUGGAGAUUAUAUACAACUUGGUCCAGGCCGGUCAAACACCAAAGGCUAAGGAGACUUACAGCACAUUUGUGAAUUCCAUUACAUUUGUGAUAUCAUUCAUUUGUAUUCCUCAUACAUUCUUCACCCCUCAUCUUUGUGUACACCAGUCUUUGUAUGGCUUUUCUUCAUGUAUUUAAUUUGCUUUUAAUCCUGUGAUGUGCCUAUGUGAUUGAUUUAAUUGCUGUAGCCAAUUCAUAGACUGCUUGAUUUUGUAGUUAGAUUGUUGAUACUGCAAGGCCAGUACACAAAUUCAGGUCCACCACCAAAUUAUUAUGCUGAAGGUUUUUUUUUUGGUUAACUUAUGAAGUGGCAUAAUCAAAAUAUAUUUAUAUUUAUUUUCCGUUUAGAUAACAGGUUUGAAUUUCUAGAAUUUUUAUACUUUUUAUUUCAGCUAUUUGGUGUAAAUUCGUUUUUAAAUCAUGUGCCAUAUGUGUAUUAUGUCAGCUGUGCCAUAUAUUCCUCUGUUAUAGAGAUGUUAAUAUCUUACAUUGAGAUCUGUUUUGUUACAUUUAUGACAUUAAGAUUAAAGGUCACCUUGAUUCAUAAUGCAUGUGUGUGAAAUUUUCUAUUUUGAUAAAAAAAAAAGUAUCUGUAAAUAAACGAAUACAACGAACACUUUACCAAAUGAUGCUAGAUUUCUUAAUAUUUAUAAAUUAUACUGUACUAAUAUACAAGAUCUCCUUUUCAAUAAAACUGCUAAUUUUA